AUGGGUUCCACUGCAGACUUCCGGGACUUCAAGAAGCUUCGGAAGCAGAAAAGCCACUCAGACGUGCUCCUGGCGCAGGUGGCAUCGCAAAAGAUGAGGCUCGCACCGCUGCGGCCAGAGGCCAGCGCAGGCCAGCCGCAUCCUGUGGAGGAGCCACAGAGGGUAAAGCUUCCGGCCGCGGGGCCUUCCGAAGCCGCGGAAAAGGCUCCGGAGGCCCGGCGCCAGGAGUCCAGGGAAGUCUUCAAGAAGAGCGCGGCUGCUGUUGCCGUGGGCAAGGAGGGAUCGAACUGCGACCUGCCGGAGCCCAUCAAGUGGCGAGCAGGCGCCUUGAUGCCGAGUGUCGACGACUGCCUCGACCGGUUCUACAAUGACUUGGUGCCGGCUGAGGAUGUUACACGCAUGCGAGUGAUGUUCUCGCGCUUUUCGAACUCCAACUUCGAGGUCUCAAAGGAGGACCUGCCGGAGAUCCUCAGCAGACUCUGCUUCUUUCUGCUCUCAGCAGAGAAGUGCCAGCAGCUGGCGAAGGAGGCCACCAGCUUUGAGGCCCUGGACUUCAACGACUUUCAGGACUUCUACGAGCGCUACGCCCUCUACGAGCGCAACACGAUCCAAGCGCGGCUGAAGAGGUGGCGGCCAAAUCCUUACUCAAAGCAGGAUGCCGACUUUCAUCUGCAGAACCUCCGGUCGUUGCUAAGACCCUUCGGUGUGGUUUGCACUGCACCGACGAUGGAAGACAUUCGCGAGAUCGCGGGUUUGAAGAACCACAGCUGCGACACUGCCAUGGCAAUGGUGCGAUUUCUUGCUGCCUACCGCUCCUGCGAAGGCUUCACCGUGGCGGAGCUGCAGAGACUCACUGAGGCGUUUCAGCACUGCGACAGCGACGUGAUGAACCUCGGCCCGGAGGGCCGGCUCAUCCGGAGCUCCGAGCUGUCGACUGGGCUGCUGCUCUUCGGGGGCCUCUACUGCACCGACCACUUGACAGCGCUCAUGGGCAAAAUGGCAAAGCAGCUGGAAGAGAAGACGCACGGGAUUUGCUUCUUCGAGUUUGUGACGCAUGCCCGACAACUGCGGCAGAUGCAACUCAAGGAAGUCUCUGAGCACUUCAAUACCUUGGACACGGACAAGGACGGCUACAUCCGCGGAUCUGACCUUCAGGCGCUGUGCAGCAACCUGGGCUUCAGCUUGGUGACCCCGGAGCUGCGGGAGCUGCAGGGCAACACGGGUGUAACCCCGGAGCAGCGCAUGAGCCUGGAUCGCGUGCUGGAUUUCGUGGACUAUGUGCGAGAAAGGAAUGGCUUCACGGUCUCCGAGCGGGAAGAGUUCCUCAAACCCUUCGCGCACUUCUGCGAUGACUCGGGGGAGUUGCCCACCCUUCAGGUGAAAGAGCUGCUGGAGUGGAUGGGCUUCAAGAACCGGGUGGAGGAGGUGCGGAAGAUGGUGCAGCAGGUGGACUUCAAUGAGAACGGCACCAUGGAUCGAAGCGAAUACCUUCGGCUCAUGAGACUUCAAAAGGAGGUCAAGCUGUCGGUGUAUCAGCGGGUCUACCAGCAGCUGCAGCUGGGCAAGGCGGCCCUGACCCAAAGGCUUUUGGGCAAGGCUCUGCAGGACGCAGGCCUCGAUGUGGUGCAGCGUCUAGUGGAGGAGUCCUUCAAGAAGUGCCAGGAAGACGGCGAUUGUUCGGCAGGCAUCUCUUGGGACACCUGGGUCUAUGCGGCAGAGCACACUCGCAAGAUGAUCCCGGUGGAGAAGCGGAAGCAGGCGACAUUCAGCGAUGCGGAGCUUGAGCAGUUGAGGUGCGCCUUCAGCGUCCAAAGCAGCCACGGCUACGUAUCCAAGGGCCAGCUCCUGUGGAUGCUCUCAGACUCUGGGAUGCCGGUGAACAAGGCCAGCGGCCGCCGGGAGCUGUACCUGAACCUGGACCGUGCCCGGCGGCAGGCGCUGGAGGCUGGCGUGCCCGCCGAGGAGGUGGGUCGUCCCGGCAGCCCUCACAUCCGCUUCUUCCCGGUGGUGCACUUGGCGCGAUCCUUCCUGAAGAUCAGCGACCAAAAGACCUACGAGCGAGAGGAGGCCGCGAUGAGGGCGGUGCGGUUCUCCUCUGUGGAGGUGCAGGAGCUGAGGUCCUUGUUUGAGCGGGAGGCGCAUGAGUGCGAGGAGGAGCAGGAUGAGGCCGAGGACCCCGGCCGCCGCAGCCUGGGCUCCGUGAUCCGGCACCUGGGUCAAGAGCCCCGGGUGGCGAUGAACCGCGUCAUCCUCAUGACGGCGCGCAUCGGCGCCAGGAUAAAGAUCUCUCAGAAGGAGGAGCUCUACUUCAAGAUCCGGGAAAUUUGCGCGCAAGACCCCGGCGAUGUGCAGCGGGGGAUCGACUUCCCCUGCUUCUUGCAGCUCAUGCAGUGGAUGGUCGACUCCAACUUUGGGGACAUCAACUCGGCCGCGGCCAGGGCCAUCAGUUGA